AUGAAUAAAAAACUUCAUUGUUCAGUUGCAUUUCCAUUGUCAUGUUGUAAGCCAAUCGUGACUUGGGCUUUUAUUCGUAAUCCUGCAGCUAAUUCUACACUGUCUCGUAUAAUUGACAAUACAUUAGCAGAUAAUCGUUGUACUCAAAUCGAAAACAAUACUGUGAAUGAUCUGCUUAUUGGUUUAACAAAAGAUGGUGAAGGUGUAGGUGUUUGGUUCGAUUCAUCAGAUGUUUGUAACAAAAAAGUUUUAAACAUCACUGAAUUCAGUUUACCCCAAUCACCUGAUCCAAUUACAAAAUGUCGUGCACAAGGUUCAUGGCUCCAUGUGAUCACUCAAAGUGGACAUUUAACAUCAGUACAUUUCAGUUUACAAUUAAGACAAUGUAAUAACAAUAAUAAUAAUGAAUCAACGAAAUGGGAUUUGUUAUGUCAACCAACUAAUUUUCCUCGAUUACCUAUUCAUUUAUCACCUGUGAAUAAUAUUGAGCAAUGGAUAAAAUCGUGCCCAAGAUGGCGUAAUCUUAAUGUUUGCGACUUUACUCGUUUGGCUGAUGGUCAUUUGGGUAGUGUUGAUUCACAAGGUUGCAAGACACGUCUAGUUGAUCUAUUAUCAUCUAAAUCUGAAAUUAAUGCUCCUGUUAAUUAUACAGAACAACAAUUGAAUCAAACAUUCAUGAAAUUAAUCAAGACAAAAUAUCAAGUGAAAAGUUAUUUAGCAUGUCUACUUCUACUAAACCGUUUGAGUAAUUUUAAAGUGAAUACAGACAAAAAUAAUUGGUCUCAGUUCCCUUUAGAUUGUAAAAUCUAUUUGACAACAUGUCGUGCAGAUCAUGAGUCAGGAAACCAAUCACCUUUGGAAUUGAUUGUUGAUAUCACAGUCCAGAAUACAAAAGUUGAUGACAAUCUAGGAGAGAAUAUUAAUGAAUUAUUAUUUCAUUCCGAUUUAAACAAAAUUAGUCUAAAUAAUCUGGCGCAAAUUAUAUUAUUCAAAUCGUACAUGAAUAAUACAAAGAAUUAUAUCAUAUCUGAUUAUCUUGAGAAAUAUUUAUACAUUGUUAUCAAAAUGGAAGCUGUUAGAACAGACUGUGAAUCGUCAUCAUCAUUAUCAUCAUCAUCAUCAUCAUCGAAUAUGAAGGAUUUAAUCACAGAUACCGAUAAGAACGUGGUCAACAAUCAUCAUUCACUUGUUUACACGUAUAGAGAAUUGUGGUUUUCAUCACCGAUAAAUAUCAAUAGUGAUAAUUCCAAAUUACGACGUUGUAUCAUUCCAUCAACAAAUUGGUCACAAAUAUUUCAUAUAACUGAAUUGAAUAAUUCUUCACUUUUUCAACAUAAUCUAUUGCCUACUACUACUAAUACUAACAAAAUAUUCUCAAUUGACGGUAGUACACUUCAAGUGAAUAUUCAAUUAGAAUUUCAACCACCAAUAAUACCACAAUAUUUAGAUUGUUUCAAUCAAAAAUCAUUUGAAACUAUAAAAAAAUGUAAUCAUUCACCAAUUUUAGUAAACAUUGGUCAUUGUUACCUUGAUUGUAUACAUUUUCUAUAUCAAAUAAAAAUGAAUUCAUUAUUGAAUAAUGUUGUAAAUGAUAAUCCAAUGAAGUUUAUUCAUACAAUGCAUAUUAAUAUUAAUGAUACAGUAUUUCAAUCCAUCAUAUCAGAUAUUUUCAAAAAUUCCAUAUCAUGUUCAAGUAAUCAUCAUGAAAAUUUCCUUAAAUUAAUGGUAAAAAAUAAUAAUAGCAAUAAUGGUCAAUUAUUUUAUUGUUGUUUAACAAAUCAAUCUGUCAAAUGUGAAUGGUCUUUAAAUUUAGAUCCAUUUAAUUUUAAACAAGAGAACAAGAAAGAAGGGGAGAUAAAUAAUAUAGAAAACAACAAUUACAGUUCCAAUACCUGGUGUUUUACAAUAUCAUCUGUUUGUUUACAAACAUUAUGGUUUAUGUAUAGAGCUAUUGAGUUGCGUCAAAAAAUAUCAUUACAGAAGAAUAAUUCGAUAGAAACUUUCAAACGUCCUACUGUUGAACAACUUAGAUUAGAAUGUUCUAUCUUAAAGAAAUUACUAACUUCCCUACGCGAUAUUCGAGAAAGAAUUGGUAAUAAGAUAAUAAUAACAUCAACGAUAACUACUUAA